CUCCUGCUCGCUUCCCCUCAUAAUCACCAGCUCUCCCCACGGCUGGACCCCAUAUACAUGAUUCUCUUUUGUUUUUCACACAGGAAUUGAUUGAGCUUUUUUUGAGCUAGCACUCUUCUACUUUCAUCAUGGCGGACAUGCCCAUUGUGCUCGACGGAGGAACGGGUUUCCUCAAGGUCGGAUAUGCCGCACAGAACUUCCCCGAGCACCAGUUCCCUUCGAUAGUGGGGCGGCCCAUCUUGCGAACGGAGGAACAGUCUGGCGACAUUGUUGUCAAGGAUAUCAUGUGUGGAGAUGAAGCCGCCGCUGCCAGAUCAAUGCUCCAGAUUACCUAUCCCAUGGAGAAUGGUAUCGUCAAGAGAUGGGAUGACAUGCAACAUCUAUGGAACUACACAUUCUACGAUAAGAUGAAGAUCGAUCCCACCGGCCGCAAGAUCCUACUCACCGAACCGCCCAUGAACCCAUUGAAGAACCGCGAACAGAUGGCCGAGGUCAUGUUGGAGCAGUAUAACUUUGGAGGAGUAUAUGUCGCGAUCCAGGCGGUUCUUGCACUAUACGCUCAGGGUCUCAGUAGUGGAGUUGUCGUAGACUCCGGUGACGGUGUCACCCAUAUCAUCCCCGUCUAUGAAUCCACCGUCCUAAAUCACCAUAUUCGCCGACUGGACGUAGCAGGUCGCGAUGUUACUCGAAACCUUAUCGCUCUCCUGCUCCGCCGCGGAUACGCCCUGAACCGUACCGCCGAUUUCGAGACGGUGCGCCAGAUCAAGGAAAAGCUUGCCUAUGUGUCCUGCGACCUAGAACUCGACAGAAAGCUCUCCGAAGAUACCACUGUACUAGUAGAGUCUUACACCCUCCCUGAUGGUCGUGUUAUCCGAGUCGGCAGCGAACGAUUUGAAGCCCCCGAAUGUCUCUUCCAACCACACCUGGUGGACGUGGACCAGCCCGGUGUUGCUGAGUUGCUUUUCAACACGAUCCAAGGAACUGAUGUCGAUGUACGCUCGAGUUUAUACAAGGCUAUCGUGCUCAGUGGAGGAAGCAGCAUGUACCCCGGUCUGCCAACACGACUGGAGAAGGAAUUGAAGCAAUUGUGGUUGACGCGGAUUCUCAAGGGUGACCCGGAAAGGCUGAACAAAUUCAAGGUUCGCAUCGAAGACCCACCUCGACGGAGACACAUGGUCUUCCUAGGAGGUGCUGUUCUCGCCAACCUGAUCGCAGACAAGGAAGACAUGUGGGUUUCCAAGCAAGAAUGGCAAGAACAAGGUGCUCGUGCUCUUGCCAAACUCGGACCAAGGUAGGAUGGGUUUUCCCAAGGCUAUCUGUUACUUCAAUUACCGCGGUACCUCUCAAGCGCUCCUAUUUGAUCAUGUUUAUUGCCGCCUAUUUUUGUAUCUAAAAUGAGAGCACAAACUCCCUCCAUCAUCCCUCGAUUCAUACGCUCACCCAAAUCUCACCAAACCCGCCUCCGCCCCCUUUUCCUGUCGAUAUACACAGAGCAAUUCUCCGGCUGUACCUUGAUAUCAAGUGCUGCCGUGUAGCUACCAAUUAUAGAGAAGUGAUUCGAGGUGAACAAUAUAUUCCAUACAUGUCUCUCAACGCUCGCUACUAGUGCGAUAUGGAUUUCAGUUCCUCAUUAUCAAUGCUAUUCAAUUUUGUAUCAAGAGGAGAGAUAUAUGGUACAUAUACCCGCGAGACACCAAUCCGUGACACUAUCCCAAACUCCAUGAUAUGCACGUAUAGAAAAUGGUCCCCGGAAGUAUACGGUAUGCGUAUAGACAAAUUAAAAACCCAAC